UCUAUAUAUAUCAUAUUGUAAGUAUAUUAUUAGUUACAUUGUUACUUGUUUUCUUCUUCAUAACUAUAUAUUUUUGCUCUCAGAUCUUUACUUGAUUUAGUAGAGAACUGUGAGACAAAUUAAAGAGUGUUUCUGUAUAUCUCUCUGUCCAACUGUUUUGUCUUCUUACUUCAAUAGUUUCUCUCCCUCUUUAUCUCUCUCUCUCUCUCUCUCGCUUCUCUCUCAACUAAACCAACAUGAUGAUGCCUGAUGAUCAUUCUCAACUCUCAUUCUCAAGUUAUGUCCUUCACCAAGAACAGAUCACCCCAAAUCCUAACCCUAACCCUAAUCCUAAUCCUACCUCUUCAAACUCAAACAAAAGGAAAAGAAAUCUCCCGGGAAAUCCAGAUCCAGAUGCAGAAGUCAUCGCUCUAUCGCCAACCUCGCUUAUGGCUACAAACCGGUUCAUAUGCGAGGUAUGCAACAAAGGAUUCAAGAGAGACCAAAACCUUCAGCUUCAUAGGAGAGGCCAUAACCUUCCAUGGAAGCUAAAGCAAAGGACAAACAAGGAGCUAGUUAAGAAGAAAGUGUACAUCUGUCCUGAGAAGACCUGCGUACACCACGACCCGGCUCGAGCCCUCGGUGACUUAACUGGAAUCAAGAAGCAUUUCAGCAGAAAACAUGGAGAAAAGAAGUGGAAAUGCGACAAAUGUUCCAAAAAAUAUGCUGUCAUGUCCGAUUGGAAAGCUCAUAGCAAGAUUUGUGGUACCAGAGAGUACAGAUGUGACUGUGGUACACUCUUUUCCAGGAAAGAUAGCUUCAUAACACAUAGAGCCUUUUGUGACGCUUUAGCUGAAGAGAGUGCUAGAUUCACCUCAGUUCCACCAGCCGCAGCACCCGAAGCAGAAGUCAAACAAAAUCAUCAGCAAACCGGUUAUAACAUAAAUGACUUCAUGGGACAAUCCUUCACCAACCAACUUCCUUUACCAUCCAACGUUUUCGCCUCCUCAUCAUCAUCGCCAUCACUUCAAAGUCUAUGGAAUUUACAAGGACAAUCAUCACAUCAGUGGCUUCUCAACGAAAACAACAACAACAGGAACAUUCUACAAAGGGGAAUCUCCAAUAAUCAAGAAGAUCAUCAGGACACUAAGAAGGGAAUAUUUAGUAAUGGUGCCUAUUUGUUCUCUUCGGACGCACGCAACAAUUAUGAUCAAAACGUUGGACAAGUAAUAGCAUCUAUGUCAGCCACGGCUUUGCUACAGAAAGCUGCUCAAAUGGGAUCAAAGAGAUCAUCAUCAUCAAGCUCCAACAAUUGCGCGGCUUUUGGUCUAAUGACUACUUCCUCUACGUUCAACAACAAACAUAUGGAGAAGGAAAUUAAAACUAAGGAAGUUGAUGAAAGAGGCUUCACAAGAGACUUUCUUGGUGUGGGAAGUCAAAACCGUCCUUGGCCACUAUUGAUGACCAACCAUAAUCUUCCCGACACGACUCAGCUGAUGACAACCGACCGUACACAAACAGCCGACGUGAAUCACAAAACUAUGUAGUCCAAAGACGAGUGUGAACAAGCAGGAGCUGCACGACAGCACAGAAUGAAGAAAUUUGUUAAAGACAAUAAUUCUGAGUCGGAGAGAAUCUCUGAGUCAACUCGGUACUGCACAAUGGGUCCUCUCGCUUGACAAAGAUGGCUAUUUGGGUCCACUCCUGCAUGCAUGGCGAAACUUCUGACUAUGCAUGCACAACAAACCAUACGCUAUGUCUUUUCUUGUUCUUCCUUUUUUUUUUGUUGCUUGUAAUUAUUUCAUGAUUUUAUUAGUUGUGAAAGACUCUAAAAGCAACGAGGACAAACGUGUACGUCGGUUUAAGACUUCAGGCAGUUGUUACUCUCUUUCUCUGGUUGAAGGUUAAACUUUUGAAAGUUUUUAUUAUGAUUAUUACGACAAGUAAACUUUUCAAUGUUAUUGAAAUCUUUUGUUUCGGUCA